GUUUAAUUUAGUCGAGCUGUGACGCGGUUUUUUUACCCGUAUUUUGUGUAUUUUGUAUCCUACGCAUCCCAGCUUCUGCCACUGCCAAUGAUCAUAUCAACAAAUCAUCUUGUCUCUCCUUCUUAACUCUGUUUCUAACUUGCCUAUUCCUAGAUUUCGAUUUCCACUCCAUCACCUUUUUCUAGGCAUGCAUUGAUUGCCCAUUGCCGCGUUUGUUGACAUUGCCAUUACCCUUUGUCGCAUUUAUGCAUGCACGCUACCGAAUCACCGGUACUUUCGCCGUCUUUAGUCUCUCCUUGAAGCUUGGAUUUUUGUAUUAGACGCUUUAGACACAUUCUCUCGACCGAUCGCAUCUACAUUCAUUUUCUCCCCUCUAGUUGGCUAACACGGGCCAUCUUAUGACUGCUUAGGCUUUUGAAUUGUUAGGAGCCCUUGGAACUCAGUAAUUGGUUUUUGUUACGGUGGAAAUUCAGUAGCGGGAGAAUUGGAAUUCCCUUCACCUACUUUCUAUAACCCGCCAAUCCUGGCUUACCACGACUUGAUUUCUCGCUCCUUUUUCACCCGACUGCUUUAAACUAAACAGCUUCGCUCUAUUACGCUUCACGAAAUAAUCUAUUACGAGUAACGGGAAUUACAUGUCAAGAUGGCGGAACGCGACUAUGAUGAGAGUAACGAGGCCUUAGACCCGGAGCUCCUAUACACCAAGGAGUUCUGCAUUGGCGGAGGCAGUUUUGGUAAGGUGUUCAAAGGUGUCGAAAAGCGAAGUGGACAAGCCGUCGCGAUCAAGGUUAUCGACAUCGAGAGCGCCGAAGAUGAGGUCGAAGAUAUCAUACAAGAAAUAGCUAUUCUGUCCGAACUUCAGUCACCUUACGUCACCAAAUAUUACGGUUCUUAUGCGAAAGGUGCAGAGCUAUGGAUCGUUAUGGAGUUCUGCUCCGGUGGAAGUUGCGCCGACCUGAUGAAACCCGGCAUGAUUGGAGAAGAUUAUAUCGCGAUCAUCAUAAGAGAGUUGCUUUUGGGUCUGGACUACCUGCAUGCCGACAAGAAGCUUCACCGGGACAUCAAGGCCGCAAACAUCCUACUUAGUUCCAAUGGUCAAGUCAAGCUGGCUGAUUUUGGUGUAUCUGGCCAGCUCUCGGCGACCAUGACCAAGAAGAACACGUUUGUUGGUACACCAUUUUGGAUGGCUCCGGAGGUCAUUAAACAAUCUGGAUAUGACCACAAGGCGGAUAUUUGGUCGUUGGGAAUUACUGCGCUGGAACUGGCUAACGGCGAGCCUCCUUAUGCUGACAUUCAUCCAAUGAAGGUCUUAUUUCUAAUACCGAAGAACCCCGCGCCUAGACUAGAAGGUAACUUUACCAAAGCGUUCAAGGAAUUCAUCGAACUCUGUCUGCAGAGAGACCCGAAGGAACGGCCCGCAGCUAAAGAUCUACUGAAGCAUCCUUUCAUCCGAAAGGCUAAAAAGACCAGCUGCUUGACAGAACUGAUUGAGCGUUACCAUCGAUGGAGCGCAACGCACAAGUCGGAAGACGAGGAACACAUAGACGAAGGAGAAGACUACACAGAGCCACAACAUGUUAACGAAGAUGUGUGGGAUUUUGGCACGGUCCGAUUAGUUAAUGAUCGAGGAGGAAUGGUGAAUCGGCCUGGAUUGAAUGCUAUGGAUGACUCCGCUAGAAACGCGAGGGCAUCGAGACCACUAGACGGCAACUACGGCGAUAGUACUAGAGCGACAUCGCCGAACAAAAUUCAAGCACAAGACUUCGCGGACACAUCUGUCUCUAGUACUCUCAAGGUUACCAACCCUCCGGGAUUCGGAACACCGCGAAAAUCAUCGCCUCAGCGACGUCCAGUGCCUAACCUAUCACCUUCGAAGGUCCCAUUACCUCCCUCGCCCCCAAAGCACGCACAAGAUUACCAUACCCCACGACCUGUCUCGAAGAAUAUCUCCGUAAUUCCUACUAUGACAUCUACAGAUUAUGACCGAGCAGCGAAAGACCAGCUACAGCAAGACAUGGGAGCUCUCAACAUUGGCCACCCGCAAUCCCAAUAUCCCCAUUCUCCACAAAACAUGGGCCCCAAAAACUCUCAAACCCAAAUUCAGCAACAGCGAGGGAUCCCUCGACCAGGCCCAUUCAACCUUCCAGAAAUACCUCCUUACCGCGGACCCAGUUCGCAGCAUCCGCAACAGGCACUUCAACAAAGAGCCACCCCCCAGCCAUCGCCCAACAUGGGCUCGGGAGCAUUCACGUCGAAGGCGCAGCCCAAGCAGCAGACGCCGGCUCCGGACUCAUUCCCACCCCCGGGCCCCUCGAACCCGAACGGCGAACUGGACGCGUUGAACGACGUCAUCUUCCCGGCACUCGAGGAGGCGCUAAAGCGACGACAGAUCCGACUACAGCAGAUUUAUCGCAACGAAAAAGUCAUCACCCCCCAACGUCAACGCGCCGAGGCCGCGCACGAUCGCAUUCGUAAACACGUUUACAAGCUAGCGAACGUAUGUAAGGAGAUCGAUCGCCUCGACAAGAGCGAACCUGUCGGUAUGGGCAAGGACGUCGGCACGUUCCUCGAAGGUUUGCUAGAGGAAAUACUCGUUCGCGUCGAGCCUUUGGACGAGGACGAGGGGAUGUAAUGAACGAAUGGAUGAAUCGACUAGACGAGAUAAUGAUGAAGCACCGAGUCACUUUGUUACCAAAAGUAAAACAGGCCCAAAAAUGCCUUGCGGAAGGAUAACCUGAUUGUGUAAUAUAUAUCUAAUAAGGAGGUUAAGGGAUGGAGAAAGGUUCCUUCUACUUUGUACUUAAAAA